UUUGUUACUCCAGCGUCUUCUGAAUAAGUCGUUACUUUUUCGGGAUGCUCUGCUAGCAAUCAGAAAAUUGUUGCAACUGUUAUUUGGCGUAAUUAUAUCACGGACCUCGAGAGGAAUAUUAACAUUAAUGUCAACUUGAUCAAUAUAUUGUUACAUUUUACAACAUGGACGUUUUUGGCCAAAAUAAGUCGCAGAUGAACACCACCACUCCGACUGAAAACUGGACAUCUAUAUACUCUAUAGUCCGAUGGAUUCAAAUAACAAUGGCCGUCCUAAGCAUUUUAGGUGCUGGCUCCAUAAUCGUAUGUGCCUGUUUAAAAGGACUAGUAAGAAAAAAGAGCAAACCUCUACUUCAGGUGCAGCCGUUAUUCCUGUUAAGUGUAACAGACCUGCUGUUAGCUCUGAGUUGGAUGUGUGGAGGUCUUCUCUUCACCGAGUCCUGUAAAUCUUACGCCACCUGCUACAAUCUUCACAUAGUGGAACAGACACUUUACAUGGCCUCGUUCUUCUACACGCUGCACUAUGUUUUGGUGCUCUACACCGGACUAAAUGGGAAGUACAAGAGACUCAACGGUUUCCCAGCCGAGAAUCCAGCAAACGCAAGGAGCUGCAGAUGUCUCGCUCCUGUAUUUUCGUGUCUUUUGCCUUUAAUGCUCACAGCGCCCGUGUUUGUCACAGGAAAUGUUUUUCAGUGUUACACAAACUUCACCCUGCCCUACAGAUGUUUGCUGAUGCAUACAGGGGCUGUGUAUCUCACCUCAUCUGUAAAUACAGAAAUGACUGCAUGUAGAGUCAUUCAAGACUACUGCAUGGCCAUUUUCCUCGCUACCUUCUUCGUCACCUUCAUUGGGAUUACGACUCUCAUGUGUAAAGCUCGCUCUCUGUACAAGCGUGUCAUCACGUCUCAAGGUUUCUUUGGGGACAAUCACUGGGAAACUCUGCGUCUCCUGGAACGCCGUAUGCUGCUUUAUCCCUCAGCCUUCUUCUUCUGCUGGGGACCAGCAAUAUUUCUGGCCACUAUGAUGUUGGUGAAACCGGACAUAAUAGAAGGAAAGAUGGGAGUCGUCCUCUACAUCCUGCAGGCCUUCACCUCCGCCUCUCAGGGGCUGUUGAACUGCCUGGUUUACGGCUGGACGCAGCAGCACUUUCGCUCUCUCAGCGGCGGCACCGGCACCGUACGGGACGCCGACACCCAGACCCCCCUGCUGCGCUCCCAGAAACGGAACUACGCUGCUUUGAGAUCUGCUGCGUCGCUCGCCAAUUUUGUCUGACAGGGAGACGCGCCGAGAAGAUGGCGUUCAACCAAAGCGACUGACAGAUCGAACCCACGUCUUGGCUGUUGCGAGCGGCGCGCUCUGCUCAGUCGAGCCACCGGACAGUCGGUACAGCGCGCGCUGCGGUGUCGGGAAAAACUGAUCUGUGAUCGGUCAUGUGCGAAACGCGAAAGAAGCCGUUUGUUUUGCUGCAGCGCCGAAAAGGGGAGCCGGACGUUUGUUUCAUCUGCCUCGGUUUUGUUUCGAGAAUUUAUGCGCCGCACCUGCUGCUAGUUGAGCUGAGCCUCGUGCUUUUUGACACGACGGAGACUUUCAGAUCAAGACGCGCUGCUGAGCUGUCGAAAAGGGAAAGACCGAAGGGAGAUUACGACCAGAGGGAAAUAGCUCUGAAACAGGAUCUGAGAGGACAAUGCUGCAGCUUUCCAUCCGCAAAACACACACACACACACACACACACACACACACACACACACACGCAUACAUACAUAUACAUACAUACACAUAGAGGUAUUAAUUGGCGCGAAGGAGCGUGAAAUAAAUCGUUUCCUCUUAAUAAACAAUACAGCUGCGAGCAGACCUUUCGGCGGGUUUUAUGUUUGAAGAACGCAGCUGAUGAGAAAGAUAAGUUGCAGGAAAAGCACCUUGUCAAGCUAGCAGCAAAAAAAAAAACAAAAAACAUAAAAUAAGCAUUUUUCGUGAAUUGAGGCCUUUACUUUUUAAUAUUUCGAUUUUUUAAUUCUGAACGCUUAAAAGGGAUUAAUUCACACAAAAAUGAAUGUUUAGAAAUGAGUAACUUGUUUCGCGUCAUUUCAAACCCAUGAAACUUUAGUUUAUCUUUGAAGUGAAGAUAUUCUUAAGGAAUCUUGACUGAGUUCUGUCCUGCCACCUUCAGAGUAAUCCGGAAUAAAUCUCAUAUCGUUUACGUGACCUUUCCGCGGAAGGACAGAAAUCUCUUGGGUUUCACUAAAAUCUUUAUCAGCGUUGCAAAGACGAGCAGAAGUCUUGUGUGUUUAGAGUGACGUGAGGGUGGGCAACUGAUGACAGGUUUUUGGGCCAACUAUUUAAAAUACCUGUGGGGAUAUCUGUAGUUGGUCAAAUGUUGUAGUUACGCGAUGUGUCACCAAGCCGGCAGAGGGAGCCCUUACCCCUGGAUGACCUGUGAUCACUGCCUCUGCUGCUACUUCCUGUUUCUGGACUAUAGAUUCUGAAGCAGGCCCCUCACCUGCAGCUUGCAUUGAAUAUUUGUUUGAUUGAUUGUCUGUCUGUUUCUGGUUCUCCUAGCGUUUCCCUUGUCAUAGAUUCUUUGGUUUUGACCCUGCCUGUCUUUUGAUUCUUGGAUUGCUUGCUGCCUGACCCGACCUCUGCCUGUGUUUUUGGUUCUGUUGUUGCCUUGCCUCGCCUCUUAUACUCCCGUUUGCCUUCAGCCAAUAAAAGCCUGCGAAUGGAUCCGCGCGCCUCGGACCCCUCAAUCAUGACACUAUGUAAAAUAUAUAUUUUUAAUACCGGAGCGCAAUCCCUGUUACGUUUUUGAACUCCUCGUUCUGUAAUUACAAACAGCUGGAAAAGUCAUGCUGUAAAUGACAUUCGUACUGUUUUCCUCUUUUACUUUGGUUUACAUUUGUCCCAUGACAGAAUAAGUAUUACUUUAAUUCAAGCGUUUUAUUACAUUUCAUGCGUGUGUGUACAUAGUUUUUAUACAUUAAAAAGUGUAUGAAACAUUUUAUUAAAACGUUGAUAAGUA